AUGCUGGUGCUGGAUGGAAAUCCGCAGGAGACGAUCAACGUCGUCUCUGUCAGCCUUGCCAUUGGGCUCGUGGGAGUGCCGGUGGCUUCGCAAGCUGCCGCGACGAUAUGGAGCCGAUUUCGAUACAAAGAUCGUCAGGAUGAGAAAUCCCAUGGCGAGGUGGAUUCGAGCAGCAGACCGGCUGCGUGGGUGGUGUCCUUGCUCAUCUAUAGCUACGGCUUGCUGAUCCCGGCUUUGUGCCUGACUCUCUUUAAUAUGAUGAUCGGAGCCGUGGAUGCAGUCGUCUUAGAAGCCAAAUCUGAGAGUACAUUCGGCCUCAUCAGCUUGCUUGCCGAGACCGGCUCUUGGACAGGAGCUGUACUUGUCACUACUUUCGCCAUAGUAAUCCCUCUGCUGAAGCUGUACCUCUUGCUUCAUGCAGAAUGUAUCCGACGGAGCAAGGACGUGCGCCAAGUCUCUCGGGCCCGACACUACAUCGGCUUCGUUCAAGUGAUCUCCAAGUGGGCAUGCCCGGACAUGAUUGCCUACAUUUUCCUUCUUUACUUGGUGCGACACUUGAACCGACCGCCCAUCAAUGGCCUCUUCACGCUGGACAUCGGAUUUGCCUGUUAUACGCUGUUCUGUUGGGGGUCAACCAUCUCCUCGUUGGGUAUUCACCCACCCAGGCUGCCAGAUGAGUCCCGCAAGAUGGACCUGCGCUCGCCAGCUGACCCUUUCACCAUCAAGAUCUUCGGAAAGAAAGGAGCUGCGGCUCUCAUGCUGUUGCUGUUCAUGAUCUUUGCAGUGCUUUUCAUCUUGGGGAUGAGGUGGCCGGUGCUGGGACUUCGCCUGGAUGCGAAGAUAUUGAAGCAGAACGGGCUCCCCCCGUGGCAGAUCCGUGUCAUGGAGGACAUGCACGUAGCAGAGCAUGCCAAAGCGGAUGUGACGAUCUUUCAGUGCCUGCAGACACUGGCAGAAUUUCAGGCCGAAGCCUUUGAUGCCAGUGCACUUCUGGCAAUCAUCAUGCUCGCCGUGUUUGUGAUUGGCCUUCCUGUACUGGACAUGUUGACGAUUGCAAUCUCCUCGUUGCGAUUUUUCGUCAGUGAUGCAGCUGCGAUUGUAUUGGAGGAGGCUGGCUUCUCUCUGGUAAAGUUGUCAAGACGAUUGAGAAAGCUGGCAAUGUUGGAUGUAUUGCUUCUCGGUGUCAUUGUCGUCGUUUUGAGUGCUUCCAUAUAUCGCAGUCAAGGCAUGGUCUUAUUCCCAGGAUGGGGCCUUCUGGUCCUCACUGGUGCUGAGUUGGCGCACUACGCUGCCGGCUGGUCACUCUGGGGCCUGACUCGCGUGGUGCGGCCAGCUGCUUCCGAGGCGAAAGCCCUGGACCACCCAUCAUCUGGGCGACAGACGACAGUGACUCCACAGAAUGUUCACUUUGAGCUUUGCGAGCCGUUGCUGAAUGAACCUUGUAAAGUGUACGGUUAUGCGAUGGCUACCUUCGCCUCUGCGCGAAAAGCAGCUGCGAAGAUAUUCGGGAUGCAGAUUUCAGCCGGUGCUGUCAUCGCCUUCAGCACUGUAGAUCUGAAGCGAUAUGAAGGUUGCAAUUGCCCAUUGACGAAUUUCGAGACAGGCACGGCUUUGGUGACCUGUGGUCACCCAUAUCCAGGGAGAGACUGGCUGCGGCAAGUCUACUCGUCUGCCACAGUUUAUCCUCGAGGCAGUGCUCAAACGUUCGAUCUUUUCCUCACCGAGGUUGCUCCGAUGAUCCCCGAUGGCUGUGUUCAAGAGGCGGAUGGCCGCUGUGACGCUCGGGCCUUAUUUCCACCACAGCUAGCAAAGCGUGUCGCCUCCGUUCUCGGCGAGGAGAUCGGACAGGGAACCGUUGGCUACAGGAUCAGUGGUGACACCAUCAACGGCAAGCUAUGUUUCGUCACGGUGGGAUACCUCCUGCAAAGACUGGUCAACAACCCUGAGGAUUUUCAGCGCUACACGCAUGUGGUCUUAGAUGAGGUGCACGAGCGCGGUGUGGACGCUGACCUCCUUUCCCUGGUCAUCAAGUUGUUAAUGCACUGUUGCCCUACGGUGAAACUUAUUGUGAUGUCAGCAACCCUUCAAGCCACGCUUUUCGCCGAUUAUUUUUCAUCGCUCCAUCCUGGGAGACG